GGAGGGGUUGGCCAAGUUCUAGAGGACGGCGCGAGGAGAAACGCAGGCGAUGGAGGAGAGAAGUGCAGCUACCGUGCGUGUGAUACCAUCAUCCUUGCUGGUCCUAUACAUGUAUCAUAGACUCGACUGAAAGGUUAUAGAAGCUUGAAGCCAUCGAGAGAUUGCGUGCCGAACGGUUUGAAUUAUGGCUUCGUGGUAAUGGUUCGUGAUGAAUGAAGGUGCGCUCUGGACGUGCUUUUCCUGGUCAUCUGCCUUCAAGCGAACCCUGCUCGGCAAGUCAAACGCUUCAGCACUCGGAAUUAACCGAACUGGGUCACUUCCACUCUUCGCUUGCGCAUUUGCGCAGGCGGACAUCCUUGUGCGGAGAAUUCAAAGCGGAAUCCAGGCGCGUUCAGCCCCUGGAUUGUGCCAAACGAAGCGCCUUCCUCGCGAUCUUUCGAGAUCCUUCACGAAACUUCGUCCACUAGCCAACACGCGCUGCGCCUGCAGGCAAUUCAGCUCUUCCGAGGCGUCGCGGGCGACUGGUGAGGUCAGCCGCGGGGCUGAGUCGGUGCGCGCCACCCUAACUUCACUGAUUCAUCCGCGCACCUGACGCGCUUGCGCGUACGUCGUACGACGCCUCGUUGAGCAUGCAGCCGACGAGGCCGAUGACUCGGGCGUCGUGCAGGUCGUCAGCGUCAGCCGCGACGACCUGCACGAGCUCGGCGCAUCAGUCAGCGGUCACGAG